GCUGGGUCAAGAUAAGACUUCCUACUAUGCAACAUAGCUUGCCAGCUAUGAGUGCAUCUGCUGCAAAGGCAUCUACGAAAAAACAGGCAUUUCGGAAGGGCAAAAAGCCAGAGCAAGACGGUCCACCCCAUAAACGACGGAAGCUCGACCGAUCACAGGAGUCUCCAGACUUGACCUAUGUUUCCUCACAAGAUCAAUCUACUUCCGCAUUUAAAAGAGGAACUUCAACUUCAACUAUCAAUCCCGAACUCGCUGUCGACUUUACGACCCGAGAAACUAAAAAUGGCGAGUCUCUUGCGACACUGCGCAUGAUGAUUUUCGGACGACUAGAGUAUACGUCUACCCAGUCAGAUCCAGGAAAAUACCUCGCAAUCGAUUGCGAGAUGGUAGGCGUGGGCAUCGACGGCGAGGAGUCGUCGCUUGCGCGCGUUAGUAUUGUUAAUUAUUGGGGCGCAGUUCAACUGGAUGAGUUCGUGAAGCAGAAGGAACGUGUUGUAGAUUAUCGGACUAAGUGGAGUGGGAUACGUCCCUCGGAUAUGGUUAGAGCUAAGCGAUUCGAGGAGGUGCAGAAAACAGUCGCGGCUUUGACCAAGGAUCGCAUCAUAGUGGGACACGCUGUGCAUAACGAUCUCAAGGUUCUAUUACUAUCGCACCCGGGUCCAUGCAUACGGGAUACGCAACGCUUGGCAGCAAAACACAACGUAACCAGUAGUAAACGCCCUGCUCUUCGCAACCUCGUAAAACAAGAACUCGAUGUUGUUAUCCAGGGAGGGGAGCACUCCAGUGUCACAGACGCUAGGGCAACGAUGGCCGUGUUCCGACUACACCGUAAAGAGUGGGAAAAGGGAUUCAAACCUUUGCCCGCACCUGGGACUGGUGCGUCCAAUAAACGGAAACGUGUCGAGAAUAUUGAACUAGCUACGCCUACCCCACUGGGCAGGGGGAGGAAGGGCGUCAGUUCUGGACUUUCUACAAUAGUGAAACGGAUACCACAGACGAAAUCGAAAACUGCAGUCAAGACUGCUAGCAAUAAUUGGUGGACCACCCUGGGUGCUAGCGACAUCGCAGGGAAGGGUUCCAUGAAGCUGUAACAUUAUCAUUUUUUGUUCGGUUCAUUAUCCACGAGACAGGUUUCCCACUAUCGAAUAUUGAUCAGAUAUCGGUGGCUCGCUGAUUUAAAUUGACGAGCAGUUUAUCAGAUAAUACUGAGCGCAGUACCACCUGCACCCUGUACUCAGGUCC